AUGCAUUUCAGUAGGCGAGAUGGUUAUCAGCAGGAGCGGACUGACCAUUCGAGCACUGCCCGAGGGCCCGGGGUCAGUAGGGGGCCCCAUGAAAUGCCCCUGGUACCUUUUUUAUAGGCUUUUUUGAGUGUGUGCAAGGACACAGGGGCCCCAUGAUUCCCUAUUGCCUGGGGGCCUCAUGAGUUGUCAGUCCGCCCCUGGUAUGCAUCAGCAAGGUGGCCAGGUGUCAGUUCCCCUUCUACUCACUGCUGCACUUAGUCCUCCGCAAACCUCUAAAAAUAUGAAACUUUUAAAAGAAGCAGCAUUUUCAUGGCAU